UCAGGCUGCCAACCAGUCACUCUCCCUGGGAGCCUCAUAGCUUGUCAGCUUCUCAACCAGCAGCACUGACCACAUCACUCUUCCCGGGCUGGGGUGCUGACAUGGGGACCCUUCACUGGCUGCUGCUCCCCCUGCUGCUCCAGGAAGCCAAAGGGUACUCUGGAGACGGUGACACGGAGCCUGUGGAAGUGGUUGCAGCCCUUCGGGAGUCUGUGAUCCUCCCCCUAGAAAUACUACCAGAUGAGGAAGUUGAGAGCGUUUCCUGGUUCUCCCAGAAAAGACUCGCCACGGUAGUGCCAGGGAAGGAGGGGGAGCCAGUUAGUGUUACAGUGGUUGACCCUCACUAUGAGGGCCGAGUGAGAUUCCUGGACCCCAGCUACUCUCUGCACAUCAGCAAUGUGAGCUGGGAGGACUCGGGGCCUUACCAAGCUCAAGUCAAUCUGCGGACAUCCCAGCUGUCCACCAUGCAGCAAUUCAUCCUGCGUGUCUACCGUCAGUUGUCACAGCCCCGAGUUGCUGUGAGCUUGGAGAUCUCUGAGGAAGGUGCCUGUAAUAUAUCUCUGGUAUGUUCUGUGGAGACGGCAGGCGCGAACAUCACCUAUAGCUGGCUCACCUUGGGGGACAGUGCCGACGACGCGGCCCAGGAAGGCUCUGUCCUCAGCACGUCCUGGAUGCCUGGGAACAAAAUGCUUUCCUACACCUGCAGGGCUAGCAACCCCAUCAGCAGCGUCAGUUCUCGUCCCAUCACUGCUGGGCCCUUCUGUGCAGACCCUGGCUAUCUCAAGACAACCUCACUGCCCUCCUGCCUCCUAGCCAAGGGCUUGCUCUUCCUCGUGCUCUUGAUAAUUCUAGCUGUGGGGCUCUGGCUCACGAGAUAAAAACAAAAGACAAGUGCCAAGGACAAAGGAACUCAAGAAGAGCAGAAAUAAACUGAGAAAGAAGGGGAAGCAUGACUUCAGCCCAGCCAGACUA